AUGUUUGAGGAAGGAGUUGAUAAAUACGCGGAUAGAAUGCAAGCGCGGGGUGAUAAAAGUUCCGACGAUGGUGCUUAUACCUCCAGCAGUGGUCCAAAUGGGGACAGCGAGGAAAGCUCUGAUGAGAAUGAGGAAUGCAGCUCGGCGUCCCUUGUUGAAGAACUGGAAAAGAAGUAUUUAUGUAAUGUGGAUAUUGAUGAAUCGAUCAUCCUGCUGAAGUCUAUGACAGGUACAAGUCCAUGUAAGUUGGCUAGUGAACACACCCUUUUGCUGCUUGUACUCAAUCACAAAUACAUUGAUCGAAUCGGUGAUAAAGUCCAGUUUCUAUCAAUCUGCAGAUAUGCUCGUGAGGUGGAUUUGGCUUGGAACAGGCUCUCAUCAUGGGAAGAAAUCACUGCCAUUUUUUCUUUACCUAGACUGGAGGUAUUAAACUUGGGAUAUAAUCCACUACAGUCAUCCCUGACAGUGUCAAGCCUUCCUCUUGCCAUGAAUUUGGAAUUGUUUAUAUUAAAUGGGACAGAUUUGCCAAUGUCAACAGUACGAAAAUUAUUAAAUAAAAUGCCGAAAUUGAAAGAAUUACAUCUAUCGGAAAACAGAAAUUUAGAAAAUCGUAUUGAUGUCAUCGACGAAGUCGUGUCAGAAUCACUGGAGUCUUUGCAUGUAAGCAAAUGUGAUAUCGAGCGCUGGGAAACAGUCAUUUCGUUAUGGAGGUUCUUUCCGAAUCUAGCGUCAUUGUCUCUGUGUGAAAAUCCUAUUCGCUCGACCUAUUGUAAAUUGAAAAUAGAUAAUCUUAACUGUUUGAAUGGUGUUCAUCGAUUGAGUUUAAACAAAUGCCUGAUCGAUAAUUGGAGUUCCAUUGAACGUUUAGCAGAUAUAAAUACUCUACAAGAUUUGCGGAUCAUCGCGAUUCCUUUAUGGGAAAAGUAUGCAAAUGGUGACCAUUUCCAUCUGGUCGUUGGGCGUAUUCCGCAACUGAAGAUUCUAAACGGGUCACUUAUAUCUGCUGAGCAAAGAGAACAAUCCGAAAGGUUCCUUAUAAGGUAUUACGAUAUUCGUGAAACUAAACCGAAAAUAUUUGCUAGAUUAGUUGAGCGACAUGGACAUGUGGAACAGCUGUGUAAAGUUGAUUUGACUCCGAAGAAAUAUGCUAUUAUUGCUGUGAUAUGCGAAGAAACUGGAUACAAUGCAGGUCUGAAAAUACGUUUAACGCAAACAGUUUCUUGUCUGAUGCAUAUGCUUGAAAAGUUAACAAGAAUUCCUGUAAGACGUAUGCGGCUGUUUUACAUUAACAGCAUUAAUCCAUUUCCGGAUGAGUUGCGUUUCCCAAGUCAAAUGCUUCAAGCGUUGCGUAUCGAAGAUGGUGAUAAGAUCUGUGUUCAGUCGAAAAUGGUGAAUAGGAAAAAAGAAUGCGUCACAAAGUGA